GAUAAGCCUCUCAGCCCGUCGCCCUCCCGACGGUGCGAAUCCUCGCAGCUGCCGCCACUCGCCGCCGGCCAAUCCUAUCCAAUGCAACCAAAGUUUCUCUCGCUGUGACCCAACCCGAUGCUCGCCUACCCUAGCACGUCCAGUCCGCGGCUGCCGCGCCAUCAUGCCGCCGGCCGGCACGCGGCGAUGGCAGCUGCGGCUGCGGCUGCGCCUGCGAGGGGAAAGCGGCGGGGCGCGGGUACCGCGGCGGCGGGAGGGGCGGAUGCGGCCGAGGAGGCGGCGGAUCUUGUACGGUUCUUCCUGAGGAGGACGAGCGGCGGCAAGGAGCGGCUGGUGGCCGUGCUGGACCGCCACGUGAAGGUGGUCCGCACCGAGCACUGCUUCCUCCUCUUCGAGGAGCUCGGCCGCCGCGACGGAUGGCUCCAGUGCCUCGAGGUUUUCAGAUGGAUGCAGAAACAAAAAUGGUACAUUGCUGAUAACGGCAUAUAUUCGAAACUAAUAUCUGUCAUGGGAAGGAAAGGCCAGAUACGGAUGGCUAUGUGGUUAUUCUCUCAGAUGCGGAACAGUGGGUGUAGGCCGGACACUUCAGUGUAUAAUUCUCUUAUCGGCGCACAUUUGCAUUCCAGAGACAAGAGUAAGGCUUUGGCGAAAGCUCUCGGCUAUUUUGACAAGAUGAAGGGCAUAGAUAGAUGCCAACCAAAUAUUGUGACAUAUAACAUUCUCCUAAGAGCUUUUGCUCAAGCUGGUGACACAAAGCAGGUAGAUAUCUUGUUUAAGGAUCUGGACGAAAGCCCUGUCUCUCCUGAUAUCUAUACCUAUAAUGGAGUCAUUGACGCUUACGGCAAGAAUGGCAUGAUCAAGGAGAUGGAAUCUGUGCUAGUACGAAUGAAAAGCAAUCAGUGCCGUCCAGAUGUAAUCACAUUCAACAUACUCAUAGAUUCAUAUGGACGUAAGCAGGUAUUUGAUAAGAUGGAGCAGGUGUUCAAGAGCUUACUACGAUCUAAGGAGAAGCCUACACACCCAACUUUUAAUUCCAUGAUAACUAACUACGGGAAAGCGAGACUCAGGGAGAAAGCGGAGUGUGUGCUUGAGAAGAUGACUGAAAUAGGAUUCAAACCAAACUAUGUGACACAAGAAUGUCUAAUCAUGAUGUAUGCAUAUUGCGAUUGUGUCGCAAGGGCCAGACAAGUAUUUGAUGAGCUUGUGAACUCACAAAAUAAUGUGCACCUGUCAUCAGUGAAUGCGAUGCUUGAUGCCUACUGCAUGAACGGCUUGCCUAUGGAAGCAGAUCAGCUGUUGGAUUCUGUAAUUAAGAAAGGUGUUGUGCCCAGUGCUUCCACAUACAAAUUGCUUUACAAGGGCUACACCAAAGCAAACGAGAAGAAGCUUAUCCAGAGGUUGCUCCAACGGAUGAAUUCACAGGGUAUUGUUCCAAAUAAAAAGUUCUUUUUGGAUGCUUUGGAGGCAUUUGGCAACUCUGGGAAGAAACCCCGGACAGUACCCAGCAUAAAAUCUGCAAGCAAGCCAGAUGUGGAUUCUGCAGGCAAUUGUGGAACUGACACUUCAAGCAAGCCAAAUUUAAGCGUUUCGCGAGUGGCUGCGUGAUGGGGCGCUCAGUUGUGUUCUUACUAGCUCGUCCUCUGGAUUGCCUAACAGCACGGUGAACGCAACUAAUUUAUUCCAAAAACUGUCUAUAGCAGCAUGUUUGAGUUGUGAGCGAUUACUUGGCUUUUGUGAAUGUUGAGAUAUUUGGCUGUUCGGCAACUGCUGCUUAUAGAGUUAUGGUCUUGUAGAUUUUCAUAGUUGUGUUGUAAAAUCAGGAUAGUAUUUUUUUCAGCUCCUCGUUUAUAU